GCGGCGGCGGGCGCGGGCAGCGCGGAGCGGCCCCGGAGCGGAGCGCACGGUGCGCCCGGCGCUGCCCCGCACCGCGCUCGGGGGAGGGGCCGCUCCCAUGGAGGCAUUCCCGGGCACCAAGCUGGAGCAGCACCGGCACCUCCCGCCCGUGGAGUGCCUGCCGGGCGCCCGCUACGGCGGCCGGAGCCACAGCGCCUGCGGGAACGUCUUCAACUCCUGGAACGACUACCUGGGGCUGGCCACGCUCAUCACCAAGGCCGUGCGGCCCGGCAAGGGCUUCGGCCCCGAGCCCCCCUCGGUGGUGGUGGCGGCCGCCGUGCCGCCGGCCGAGGAGGAGGAAGAAGAGGAGGAGGAGGAGGAAGAGGCGGCGGGGCCGUACUUCGAGGGCGCGCUGGACUUGCACGACCUGGACCUGUGCGGGCAUCACCACCACCACGGCGAGGGGCUGCUGGAGGAGCGCUUCGCCGACUUCAGCCCCUUUCCCGGGCGCGGCGGCCCCGCCGCCGUGGUGUUCGACUGCUCGGGGGAGCACCCGGGCCGGGAGGGCUCUGCCCACGCCUGGGGCGGCGUGGUGGUGGCGGGGCGGCUGCCGGCGCACCCGCGGGCCGCCUCCCGCCUGCUCAAGCCCGAGCUGCAGGUCUGCGUCUUCUGCCGGAACAACAAGGAGGCGGUGGCCCUCUACACCACGCACAUCCUCAAGGGACCCGACGGCCGCGUCCUGUGCCCGGUGCUGCGGCGCUACACCUGCCCCCUCUGCGGCGCCAGCGGCGACAAUGCCCACACCAUCAAGUACUGCCCCCUGUCCAAAGUGCCGGCGGCCCGGCAGCUCCGGCACGCCCGGACCGCGCUGGGCAGGAAGGGCCGCUAGCGGCCGGGACCCCCGCGCCCCGCGACGCUGACACGGCCCCGGCCCCGGGGCGGCCGCUGCGCGCUGGAACGCGCGGAGCCCGGCGCCGGGCCCGGGGACUGCGAGGCGGAGAUGCGCUGUGUUUGUUUAUUGUAAGAAAAAAAAAUAUAUCUAUAUGUGAUUUUUAUGGAGACGGCGAGAUGUGACUGGGUGGGUGUGCGCCGGGGGCUCCGAGGGUGGCAGCCGCGGCCGGGGAGGUGGCGGGGCUCCGGGGGGCUCCGGGGGUCCCCGGUGCCCGCGGCGGGGCAGCGCCGCCUCCUGCCGCCCGCCCGGCCCGAGCGCUCCGUGCCGGCGGGGCAGCGGGCGGGAGAGCGGCUCUUCAUUGCCGGCUAAUAGCAGGGCAUUCGAUUAGGGUACAGCACUCCGCCUUUCGGCUCUUAAAGCAAACAUCCCAGCGGUUUCCUUCGCCGGUUUUCAAACCGGUGUGCCGAUCGCCAUGGAAGCUGCCCUCGGUAAUUCACACCUGCUUCCCGGAACCGCAGCAUCCCAGCGGUCACCCCUCCUCUCGUGGGCACCGGUGGCGCUGGUCUCGCAGGUCCCGUGUGGAAUACUCGGCUUUUGGGAAGGUCUGAGGGGAGAAAACAUCCAAGGGCGUGUUUGAAAACGUGCUGACUCUGGGCUGGAGUGCAAACCGAGCCCUCGCUGCUGACAGAAAGGCAGUAAGAAUGGCAGUGGAGCACGCUUUGAUGCAGCUGUGUUUGUGGUGGAGAAUGGGGGAAGCCUGAUGGAAAGAGACCUGGACAAGAACGGAAGAGAGGGAGGUUGUUUAUUUUCAACAGUUCAGAGAAUGUGGCUUUAACUCUUUGCAAGUAAAAGAGAUCUACCCACGUGGAUAACAAAUGUCCUUAACUCUACUCAGACUGUACAAAGCAUAAGAAUUAAGCUGAAGUCCUGGACCACUCUGGGUGAUGGCAGUUCCUUGGUACUGAAUAUCAGCCAGGGCUAUAUCACUUCUAAUCCCCAAGAGAAAAGAAAUUAGGGUUUGUUUGGUUGGUUUGUUGUUUUGUUUUGGGGGUGUUUCUUUGUUUGUUUUUAGUUUGAGGGUUUGAGGUUUUUUUUGCUUACCCAGAGGUAGGACAAGGAGCAGCAGCAGUUUGGAGUUUAGGAGUACUCUGGAUCAGAAGGAUGGGUGCUGGAGUUUUCAGGGCAGAGGGUCACACUGCUGAGUGGCUUUACCAACACCUGGGAUGUGGAGGGAUGCUUGGUCCACAGGGGUUGCCCUGACAAGAGCAGGGAGGCGAAGAGAGGCUUGUGGAGGAACUGCUGGAACAUCACCAGGACGAUGAGAAAGGAGAUGGGACAGGAAAAGGGAACUAGGAAAGUGAGGAGUAGUCCACACUUGUGUGGUUUCCUUUUGAAAAGCUGCUCAGCAGGGUGGCAGAUGGGGUCAGGAGAGCAGGACAGUCAAGAAUGGAGUCAAAACAUGUGUGGGAUGGGCUGUGGAUGAGGACCCAGGGUUCAUUAGUCACUGCUGUUGACUCCCAGCCACAGCAAUUAGGAGGGAGACUCUGAUUUUGUGUGGAAGUGUUCCCUUAAAUCUCCAUCAGAUGGCUCCAAAGAUGGUGUCAGGUCUAAUUAUCAAAUGCACUGGGGUUUGCAUUAAAUAACACUCAGUGGCUGCAGCCAUCCUUGUGCUAAAUACAUUACAUUUUGUCUCUUGCUCUAUGGGGAGUGCACCACAGGCUCUUCUAAGCUGUUAAAGUUAGAUGUGUUUGGUUUUGUGAUUCCUGGUCCAUGUAGGUUUAAUCUGUGUCCACCACACAUCAGAAUCGAGCUCCAGUGUGAUGCUGUGGGAAGAGUUUUCUUCUGUACUUUUGUUACCUCCUUGUGGGAAGUUUGAAGAUCCUUAUAUACAUUUUAAUGCAGUUGACUGUUACUGGACACAAAAGCAAGAAAGAUCAAAGAAAAUCUGUCUCGGGUGUUUUCUGAGGGUUGACUCCUGGGCUGGAUUGGAGGUGUUUGCCGUGACCCUGCCCCAGCUCUCUGCUCUUUCCAUUAAGCUGCUGUGCAGUACCAGCCCUAUAGCAAUGCCUGAAAUCCCUCAGGAUAACAGCAGAUCCUGUGUCCUGGAUGGCACUGGCCUUCUGCAGAGCCUGUGUAAGAGGAAAACUUGUGUCCACAGCCUGUAGCUCCUGGUUUUGUUCUCCUGGGAGCUGCAGCCCUGCUCUGGAAAGGCCAGGGGAGCUGCCUGGCCUCGCUGGGCCCAGCACUGGCCAUCUCAUCAAAGGCUGAACAGGUAAAGUGGAAGAGUAACAGCUUCAAGACCAACUGGGGGUGGGGGAGGUAAAAAAAAAACAAACAACAAACCUCAGACUACUGCAGAAAGAUGACAGCAUUCAGCAAAAGCCAGCCUGACAGCAAGGCUCUUCAGUUACUUUACGUAAUCAUUCAACAGGACAUUUUGCCCUUUAAAGAUUUACAAGUCUGAGUCUAGCAAAGACUAAACCUUAAAGGAUUUUUUGAAGUAAGCUCCUGUGAUUUCUGGCAUACCAGCACACUCCUUGUGGCACUGAGUGAGCAGAAAGAUGCUUGUUCUUGGUCACUCUGAAAAGGUUAUUACAAUAGACAGUGUUUGUGUUGCUGCUUUGACUCCUUAAAUACAGGGAACUGUUUGCAUUAGUAAUUUAAAUUCUAGGAACAGCAAAGAGCUUAAUCUGAAAUCUAUGAAAAGUGAGAUACUUUUUUCACUUUUCUACAGGCAUUUGCAAAUCAAAAUAUUAUGGUCACCUGUUUAAACUUGUGCAUGGAAGUCAUGGAAUCUUUUCUAUAGUGAUAGUCUGGCAGGAGGAGUGAACACAGGAUUGGAUAAUCAUCCUGCUGCUAGUCUUGGCAAAAAGCCAGCUACUUUUAAUUAGAAACUACUUUCAGCUCUAUAGGUAACUUGAUUCAGCUGAAGCCAGGUAAGUCUGUGCCCAUCUUCAGUGGAAAUUCUAUUUGGGCAGGUUGCUGUCAGUCUGCUGACCAGUGCCUCAGGUAGAUACCAUAGGACCAAACCACAUGGGCUAGAAAAUGUCUUUUUAAAAAUUUUAUUUAUUUUUAAAUUAUUUUUUUCAAUGCCAGUCUGACCCACCAGAUAUAUAGAUUAAUUUUUACUGGAGAUGAAUAGCUAAGAGUUGCAUGAGGAGAAAUAUAUAAUUGUAAAAUGACUGUUUUCUGGACAAGUGAUUCACUAAAAAUGGAGCAAGGUGUAUCAAAGCCUCCUGCCCAAGAGAGAAAGGGCUAACAGAAUUCGAAGUGCAGCAAGGGGAGGGUUUGAUUACCAAACUGCAGUGGAAUAGUUUGUAGGAUCUCCAUCCUGCUGUAAUUUAAUGCAUUAAAUUUAUUGAAGAGCAGAACCAGACAAAGUGUAGAGCAUUUCAGCUCCAGCUGGUCCUGCCAUGGCAAAAUGAGGAAGAAUUGGGUGUUUUUGUUACACCACUUGAGUGCCUACUUCUUGCAAUGCUGCAGUAAACCACAGGAUGGGCACUAGUGCCUGAAUGGGAGGUACAUUUUGGAUUUCACUGACCUAAUGCCUUCCCUUUGUAGGCUGGCACCAUUCAGCAGUCCCCUUUAGCCACAGGAGAACUUGCUUACAUGCAGCAGCUCCUGCCAAUGCCAGAAGCCCAAGGACAGGGAAAUGACAAAGAUAUCUUUCAUUUACAGCAAGACAAGCCUUCCAGUACUCUUGCUGUCUGAGAUGCCUCCUGGCUGCCCACCAGCCCACCCCGAUGUCCUCCUGGCCCUCCUCGUGGCCUCUCUGAGGUCACCAAAGCCAUGGCAUGUCCUGGGCUGCAGUUGUGGCUGUGCCCGGUCAGGAGAAACACCCCUGCACCCUGCCAGUUCUCAUAAAUAUGGAUUUUGUUCAAAAAAUUAGUUUUUAUAGGUAAAGUACUCUAGAAAAAGCUUAAACAUGCCAGUUAUGCCCCACUUCUGCUGAGGACCCCGAUGGCCCUCAGUCCUGCCCAUGGGCUGGGUCAGUGUCUGAACUGCUUGAGCAGGAAGGAAACAGCACUUUUCAUACCUGACACUGCCUUGCUGGAGAUUUAUUUUAAUCCAGCAACAUUUGCAUCCAUUCAAACAGCAGCAGCCUUAAGUUCUGCCUUCUAAAUACAGCCUGUAUUCUUCUAAGUUUCACUAAAAAAUUUAGCUGUUUAAUGGAAGGUGACUCAAAAAAGGCGAAGACUGACACAGAACUCAUUUGGCAACAUUUUCAGGUAACCAAAUUUUGUGUUCAUGUUUAAUGAUGGAGGUGGAGGUUUGAGCUGUUGGAUUUGGUCAGCAGAGGUUUUUGAUCACUGUCAGUAUUGUGUCUAAACAGGUCAAGCAAUAAAAUGAACACACUGGCAUGCCUGCAAAGCUCACAUCUCCCCAGCCUCUUCUCAAGCUGCCCAGUCCUGGGAAUGUAACACUGACUGAUAACAUUACCACAAUCUCAAAUAAUGCAAAUUAAUAACACAGGUUGGGAAACAGCUUUAGCUGGUGCAGGGAUGACUCACACUCAUCCCUGUGUGAAAGUGUCUUUGUGUGGAUACAAUUAAAACUAUGCAACUGAAGGUGUAAUCACUAUUUACAUAUUGCAAGGCUGCAGAAAGGCAAAUGUUGUGCCUGUCGUUGAUAAAAGGAAAGGACCAUCUGAGAAAGCACAGGCCCGAUGGUAUCGCUUCAGUUCCUGGGAAAAUCAGAGGAAAUCCUUUUAGAACAUCUUUUUGGAGACAGGCAGAAGACAACUGGGAACAGCCAGAAUGGAACUAGUGAGGGUAAGCUGUGCCUGGCUCACCUGCCUUCUAUAAUAAAAUAUCUUUGUGGACAAGGGAAGGAGCACUGGAUGUUCUUCAUCUCAACUUUAACGAGGCUUUCAGCACUCUCACACGCUAUCCUUGCACCCAGCCCAGGAUGCUGCAGCCCACAUAACAAAGGGGGCAGAAAAACUGGCUGGAUGUCCAGCCCAGCACUGUGGGCAGGGGGCUGGGCUGGAAGCAUCCUGCAGGCCUGGAGGCAGCCCCAGCAUGACACUGAAGUGGGAUCCCAGCCCAGAGCUGGGCCAGGGCUGCUGGCCAAAGGGAUGGACAGGAGUGAACUCAAGAGGGAGCAGGGCAGGGGCCUGCCCAGCCAAGGAAGGAGCCCUUGCAGAGGCAGGCUGGGGGCUCAAACAGCUCUGGGCCCUGGCAGGGGAAAAGGUGAGCAUGAGCCAGCAGAGCCCAGGCUGUUUGAGCUGGGCACUGAACUGUCUGGGCUUGGAUCCCAGCCUGCAGAAGGGCAGUGUCCCCCUCAGUUCACCUCAUCUUUCCUGUGUGCUCUUUGGGCUUCCAUCCCCCCACACAAGGACUCAGCCAAAUUUGAGUUCAGCAGAGCAACAACACAGUGUCCAGAGCUGGAGCACACACCUGGGAGGAAAGGUUGAAGGGACAGGGCUUGUUCAGCCUGGAGAGAGGAAUGGUUUUAGGAGAGACCUCGCAGCAGCCACCCAUUUCCUACUAGGAAGUUAUCUGGAAAAUUCCAGCUUUCCACAGUAGCACACAGUGAGAAGAGAGACAGGGCAGAAGCCAAAAGAGAGAGGUUUAAACUUUUUGAGGGCCACAAAAAUGACCAGAGCUGGAGCACCUCCCCUGUAAGGAGAGGCUGAGAGUUGGGGUUUUUCAGCCUGGAGAACGGAAGGUUCCACAGAGCCCUAUUUGUGGCCAUUGAAGGGGGCCUGUAAGAAGGAUGGGGACAGAUUUUUUGGCAGAUUUUGUUGCGCUAGGAAAAGGGGUAAUGCUUAUAAACUAAAGGAUGGUUGAUUCAGAUUACACAGAAGAGGUUUUAUAACAAUGAGGGUGGAAAACAAUGGCACAGAUUGCCUGGAGAAAGGGUGGAUGCCCCAUCCCUGGAAACAUUCAAGCUCUGAGCAACGUGUGAAUAUGUCCCUACUCCUUGCAGCUGAGGGUUGGAGACGAUGUCCUUUGAGGUCCCCUUCCACCCCAAACCAUUCUGUGACACUGAUUUUUCACUCUGGAGCCAGUCAUGCAUUGGAAGAGGCUUCCCAGAACAGCUGUGCAGUCCUCAGCCUCAGAGGUCUUCAAAACCACACCAGACUAACACAGUUUUAAGUGCCACAGGAAUUUCACAGCCAGCAGUGGAGCAAGCUCCUGGGUCCCCUUCAACAGCAUCCUGUGACACAAUGCAAGGACAGCAGGAGGUGGCUGAAGAACAGCAGCACUCCUUACUCCAGAUCCAGUAAGCACCAUUACUGGAGGGCUGCUGGUCUCUAGUUCCAUCCUUUUUGGGACUGUAUAAAGAACAAAAAAUACAGUUGUUUUUUUAUGCUUGGAAAACGCUACUUGUCUGAAGGAGUCCUGUGACUCAACCAGCAGUGACCAGAUAGGAUCCAAAGACACAAAAAUCAAGCCCUGAGAAGAUGGCUCCGAGAGCAAGAUUUUCCCAAGAAAACUACUGGCCCUGGAUAACCCAGAAGAGGGCAGGAAAAGGACAAGAGGAGUAUUACAACUUCUGUUCACACACCAGGUUUCUCAUGGAGAAA